ACUUGGCGUCGUUACAGUUUGUUAGAAGACGUGCGCGAGACAGCAGUACGACAACACGUUCCGUCAAUUGAAUUCACACGGAGAUUCGCUGAGAAAUAUAAUUACAAAAUGCAGCGCCGAUUGUUAGUGUUUGCUGUGUGCUGCUAUAUCGUAGCCGCCGUGUACGCAAUACCACCCUAUGAGGUGCCGAAGGCUAAAAUAGAUGUCUACGCCAAAGGUUUUGAGGUCUCCAUACCCGAUGAGGAGGGCAUCACACUUUUCGCCUUUCAUGGUAAACUUAAUGAGGAGAUGAAUGGUUUGGAGGCUGGCACUUGGGCGAGAGACAUAACAAAGGCGAAAAACGGACGUUGGACUUUUCGUGAUCCGAACACAAAGUUGAAACUCGGCGAUACGCUCUACUACUGGACCUAUGUGAUCUACAAUGGUUUGGGUUAUCGUGAGGAUGAUGGCGUUUUUGUGGUGAAUGAAUAUGCCACACCCAAAGUUAAUACUGGCGACGAUACAAAACAGGGUGGCGCUGGUUUAUUAGAUGUACGCAGUGGCAGCAGCUGCCAAAAAACGCCGUCGCGCCGUAAUGGUUUAGAAAUGCGUUGUGCUAAUCAACUGUUAUUCGAUGAUGACUUUAACGGCUCGCGCUUGGACAAGAAUAAGUGGAGCGUAGAGCGACGAUUCCCCACAAAACCGGACUAUGAAUAUAACUUAUACUUGGACGAUGCAACCGAUGUAUUGCAAGUGGGCAACGGCAUGGUGACCAUAAAACCAAAAUUGACGGACCGUCAUUUCCAGCAACACGCGAAACCAUUACAUGCUAAAUAUGACCUCGGCGAAACUUGUACAGGCGGUCAAGGCAGUGAGGAGUGUGUGCGCGAUGGUGCAGCCACAGCGUAUAUAUCAAUACCGCCCUUCAUUACCGCACAGUUCUCAACUAAAGGUCAAUUCUCCUUCAAAUACGGACGCAUUGAGAUACGCGCCAGGUUGCCACGCGCCAACUGGGUCUUCCCGCAACUAUGGCUACAGCCGGUUAACGAAAAAUAUGGUGCCGAUCAGUAUCAGUCGGGACAAAUGCGCAUCGCCUUUAGCUAUGUAAACGAUACACAAAUGCAACUCUUUGGCGGUUUGAUCGUGAAUGCGAAUGAUAAGUGGCGUUAUGAGAAAAUGUGCGAAUUCCCAGACACAGCCAUUUUCAAUUUGGGCAAUGAUUUUCAUACAUACAAACUGGUGUGGACUGAGAACGAAAUUUCGGUGGCUGUGGACAAUCAAAACUAUUGUACUUUCAAUCCCGUUAAGGAUGGCGUCAUAGCCGAUAUGUUCAAAGACGGUGAAGAGCUGCCGAACAAAGGUUUGCUGCAGAAGGGUGGUAAAUUGGCGCCGUUCGAUGAGGAAUUCUACAUCACCAUGGGUUAUGGCAUCGGUGGCGUACACGAUUUUAGCGAUAAUUUAUAUGGCUGGAAGCCGGAGAAACCUUGGGGCAAUACAAAUCCACGCGGCAUGGGCUCGUUAUUUAAACAAGUGAAAGCUUUGAAUUUUGAUCGCUGGAUAUCCAGCGGGGAUAUGGUUAUUGAUUUUGUGAAAGUCUAUUCUAUAUAAAUUUCGAUGAAAAUUUUUCAGUAUAACGAUGAGAUGUGAUAUUGAUUUGUUGGUAUGAGUGGUUGUAUUUAAAAUAAGAGUUUAUGAAUAAAAUUUUUGUAUGAAAAUGAA